AUGGAGAACUCGGCGGAACUGCUGGACUACUGCCGCUCGCCCGGUGAGAACAACACCCUCAAUCUGACCUUCGACACGGAGAUGCUGGUCUGGUGCGAGAACGAGGCGACGAUCAACGAGUGGUACUGCCGAGCCAACGGUUUCGUCGACGUGCACCGAGUCGCCAACUGGUCCCUCGUCAGCGGCCUCGUCCAGGUGGAGCAGCGCAGCCUGUGGCAGCGACGGCGCAGCCUCGACGGCGCCCGCAUUCGCAUCGCCACGGUCAAGGACACGGCCUACGACUCGCUCACGAGUCUGGCGACGUACGACGGCGCCGCGGCGCGACAACAGCAGCAGCAGCAGCAAAGUGCGCCGACGCUGCUGGGCCUGUUCGGGCAGACUCUGCGCGAGCUCUCGGCCACGAUGAACUUUCGGGUGGAGCUGGUGGCCAGCGAGACGAUGUACGGCAAUUACGACCCGGUGACGGGCGGCUGGUCCGGCGUCAUAGGUCUGCUGGCCCAGCGCAGGAUCGAUUUGGGCGUGGCCGAGUUCGGACGCAGCACCGAUCGCCUCGAGGUCGUGGACUACUCCUCGCCGCUGGUGCUCACCAGGAUGAAUCUGUACUUCGAGCAGCCGACCGUUUCGGCCAUCACCUGGUCGUCCUAUGCUCAAGUAUUGGAGAACAAAAUUUGGUACGCUUCGUGCACCCUUAUGAUCGUGUGCUCGGUGCUCAUCUCCUUCAUGAUGACGAUGUUUCGCAAGGAGGGAAUUUUCAGCCUCAUCGUUGAGAAUCUCUUCAUCAUCUGGGGCAUUCAAUGUCAACAGGGACUUCCUGUAUUUCCCUCGGAAAGAUCGCUAAAACUGGCCUUCGUCUCGCUCUUCAUUCUGUUCCUGGUGAUCAACAUCACUUACUCGGCCACCCUCACGAGCUACCUCGCCGUCAACGUGCCCGUCCUGCCGUUCUCCAACGAGCAAGAGUUCCUGGAAAAUCAGUCCUACAAUCUGACGCUGCUGCGCGGCAAUCUCUAUCACGACUUCAUCGUGCGCUCGCCCGAUCGUUUCACCGAGCGGAUACGCGAGCGACUGAAGCGCGUCGAGGAGCUGCCCUACAGCAUGAUCGACGCCGUGAGCCAGGUCUGCACCGAGAAGGUAGUGCUCUACACCAACGAGAUCUUCGUCGACAAGAUCGGCCCGCUGAUACCCUGCCAGAUCACGGCCAUCGACACCGGCCGACUCGACAGCGCCGCCUUCACCAUGACCAAGGGCAAUCCCUAUCGACGGAUAUUCGAUUAUUACCUCGAGAACUAUCGAUCCUACGGCAUACUGAAGGUGCUGAAGAGCCGAUAUCUGCCGAAGCGGGAGGCGCACAGAUCGGUAUACAAGCCGGUCAGGUUCACCAGCAUCGUGCCGGUUUUGACCAUGUUCCUCACGGGCACCCUCCUGUCGCUGACGCUGCUCGCCCUAGAGCUCAUUUGCCAUCGUCGCGCUCGGAAAUGUUGCCGGCUGCGACGACACAAGCUCGUACUAUCCUAG